AGAGCCGAAGAUGUCGGCUCGGUCAUGUGAUCAGCUAUGUGUCCAAUCACAGCUGAUCACAUGGGACAUGUACACUGAUCAUCGGGGCACUGAUGAUCAGUGUGCCCUGAUGAUCAGUGUGGCCCCAGAAGUGCCACCUGUCAGUGUCCACCAGUGCCAGUGCUCAUCAGUGCCAGUGCCCACCAAUGCCACAUAUCAGUGCCCAUCUGAGCUGCCUUUCAAUGUCACCUAUCAGUGGCAGUCAGUGCCACCUAUCAAUGCCAAUCAGUGCCACCUAUCAGUGCUGCCAAUCAGUGCCAGCCAGUGCUGCCUAUCAGUGCCAGUCAGUGCCGCCUAACAGUGUCGGUCAGUGCUGCCUAUCAGUGUCAUGUAUCAGUGCUGCUUUUCAGUGCCCAUCAGUGAUGCCUGUCAAUGCCCAUCAGUGCAACCUACCAGUGCCUCCUCAUCAGUG